AUGCGAGAGCCUGUGGUGGUGACGGCCAAAACCACACUUCGACCAGGUUGCGCUCGAGACUCCACGGAAAUACAGUGCCUAAACCAGCAAAUCUCCGGAGAAUGGAAAUUGUGCUGGAACCCGCCAGCCAGUAAAGACGGGCCAUCAAAGUAUUCGAUUAGGAAGCACGUUUAUGUUGACAGAGGCGAUUUUACUCGAAUGCCUCCAGAAUUGGAAUUGGCUCGUGAACUUACGCCGCUGACAGCUUCUUACAGUAUGGACCUGGUUCUGCAAGCCGUGCUCGAAAGUUGCUCCAAGCCUUCACAUGAAGGUUGA